AGGCGGCGGCGGGGACACCUCGGCCGCGGCGGCGAUGCUAUCCGGCGUCCUGCACCCGCUCUGGCCGUCGGUGGCCGUCGGUGGCAGCGCCGGGCCACGCGGUCGCAGCGCCGCGCUGUGGGCGGUGUGGUGGGUGGGCGGCGUCGGCUGCAGCGGCCUGUCUCGCAACUACUACCAGCUGCAGCUGGCGGCCGUCAGCUUGCGCAGCCCAUUCGGAUACACCGAGGCAGCCAUCGAGGGCGGCCUUGCCGCCGGCGCCGCCCUCGCCGCCGUCGCUCCGCCGCCACUGCGAGAGCACUCAUGGUCGCUGCUGCUCGGCUCGACCCUCUCCGCCGCCGCCCUCUACCUCGCUUGCGCGCGCGGCGCGGCGGCGGGCUCGCUACCCCUCGUCGUCGGCGGCAACGUGCUCUCGGCCGCCUUGUUUGGCUUCCAGCGGGCGACCGGCGCAGCGAGCCUGGCGGCGGCGCUCCCCGAGCGGCGCGAUGCUCUCCUCUUCGCCCUCCUCUCGUUCGCCGCCCUCGGCGCUGCUUCGCUGCUGCAGGCGGCGGGCGCCGCCGCGCGACUAGACGCUGGCGGGUACUACUUGCUCUGCGCUGCGGCGCAGCUGCCUCUGCCGGCGGCGAUGCUGACGCGGUGGGCGGUGCGGGCGGUGCGGGCGAGGCGCAGGCGGGCGCCGGAAGCAGCGGGAGGGAGUGCGCACACGUAGACGAGCAGAAGAAACAAGUCGCGAGCCGUGGGCGGCGCGGC